AUGAAAGCAACGGUUUGCGUUCAUGUAUCCACCCACAACGUAAUCACAAGCUCCUGUAACCACACACACGUCAGCGUAACACAUUCUUUUCAAUGGUUCAACGGCUUGUGUAUUCUGCUGCUUUUCUGCUUCUUCGCAAACAGCGAAACCUCCCCUACACCUGUGGUAGGAAUAAAAGGAGGCAACGUCACACUGCCAUGUCAAUAUACUGGCAGUGAGAUUCCUGAAAUUGAUUUAACUCGGUCAGAAAAUAUCUCUGUCUGUCAGACUGAAGAGUGUAGUUGCAGAGUCUGUAAGAAAGGAGCGUGUGACGUCGUCAUCAAGGAUCUGAGCUUCAGUGAUGCUGGGACGUACAUUUUGAAAGUUUCUGAUCAGACAGAGCUGGAGCAACAAAUCAGGACGUACCAACUUUGUAUCGAUGAUGAGAUUUCUGUGAAAAUCGGCGAGGAGCUGAAGUUGGAUGUUCUGUUGUCAAACGCUGAUAAAGUGCAGCAUCAGAGCAGAAGAAGCACUGGGUGGAAGCAGGAUUGGAGCAGAACUGAUGGAGUUCAGAGCGAACGAAUCACCAUCAGAGAUGGAAACCUGAUCAUUAAUGAGUUUACAGCCAGAGACGCAGGAUCAUACAGAGUUCUGGACUCUGAUGAAGAAAUCUUGAUCACAGUGAAAGUCAAAUCUUUCCUCCGUCUGCCUUUAAAUGUCAGAUCGUCGCAGUUCAAACCCCUGUCUGUGUUUUUGGUGGAUCUGGCGCAGGUUCGCCUUCACAGCCAACACAUCUGACUGAAAGUUGUUUUGCUCAUGUUCAGUCAGGGCACAGCAUUACAAGUAGUGGAUGCUGCCGUUUUGCACAAUGUAAUAUAAUUAUUUAUUAUACCGUACAGCACGUAUUAUUCCAUUUUGAAUAAUUCAUGUGAAAUAGUUUGUGUUUUGGACAUUUCACUAUAACGUUCUGUCAGUGUGCUUGAUGUUUUUAUAUUAUUUAUGUUUUUAUACUGAACAUAAUAUAAUUACACUGAAUAAUUUCACUGAAGUGAUGUUUCAUAACAGGUCAAAACACUGCCAAAUUUGGCUGCGUUAUUAACCUUUUCUGCAAUGUAUAACCGGCUCGGCUGUUGUAACUUCAAUGGACAAGGCCUCCGGUUUCAUUCACUUUCAGUUAUCCACAGCAGAUACUGCAUGCUAGUCAUGCUGCUUGAUCCUGCAAACGGGUAUUUCUUACAUUAUUAUAAUGUAUUGUUGUAAUUACUGUAUAAACACACUGGUUUGUACAGUUUACUGCACUUUGAUAUUCUUCUAGUUAUUUACCUAAAAGUCUGCAUUCACUGAAAACUGCUUAUGUCUGUGCUGCAAAAUAAGGUGAAUAAAAGCUAGAAGUGGUUCUAAACAAGGACUGGCUGUGUUUGCAGACUGAACAAGCCAGUCCCGAGCCAAAUGAUCCGGCUCACCACAAAAAAAAUAAAAAUAAAAUAAAAUAAAAUAAAUAAACAAAUAAAAUAACAAAAUAAAGCAGAAUUCCCCCUAGGGUUCCUCAAAUCUUGCAUAUAAAACUUGAUUAAAUAAAAAUGUCUUCAAUGUUAAAUGUGUUCAUUGAGAAUUAUGAUAA